AUGACACCCAAGUUUUUCUUGGCAGAAGUCAUCAUUCCUGGCAAACAGUUCACCGCAGCUCUAAUUAUGAUGACAGCUUUAAUGGGGAAGAUAAUCAUAUUAAAUGGUUCUUAUUCUGUUCCGUGUGAUGAAUUAGUGACUGCCAUGAAAUGUAGUCAACAGCCAAAAGUAAAGAGAAAGGGUAACACGCCUGUGGGACAAGUUUUGAGUAUCCACAAAGAGAAAUCAUCUAUGCGGUCAAGUGGCCAGUUCUGUCACUGGUGUGGCUGGUCCCUAGACUCAGCUGAGCAGCCCUCUGAUGUAUCCCUGUGCUCUCAAAACCACUGGGUCUGUCAGAACACUCGGGACUCGCUGGGUCGCCUGUGCAAUACCCAGUCAUGUGAGCUCCGUGGUGACAAUGGCUCAUGCUCAUCUGUCAACUUGCCUCCCACUGCCGCCUCCUCACCUCCACUCAUCGCCAGGAAUCCGGCCUCUGGCCUUCUUGUGUCUGCUUUGUGUUCCCUUUUCCUUCCCCUUGGAAUCGGGUGGGGCAGUCUUUCAGCAGUUCAUCUGCCCAUCCAUCUCUCACAGGCUCUAGCAAACCUUUCCUCAUCAAUUAAUGAGGAUGAUUUCUCUCCUUGGGAGAUUGCUAAACUUGAAGAAUGUGAGCCUGAGGCAUCUGGAGGCCAUCUUGCCUUUGUAGAGGAGAAAAGCGUCCCCGUACAGUCUCAGGACCUAGAAGUGUGGUGGAGAGCACGUGCAAACCUCCUACUCGACCCUUGGCCAUCUUGCUCCACUUCACUUUCACUUUGCAGAGCAGAAUCCUGGGGCCCCAGAGGGCUGCGCCCGGGAAAAGGCCACAGGACACAGUGCGACCUCCGGGCUCGGACCCCGGAGUGCGCGUGCGCGCCCGCGCGGGGCAGCCCCGGGGCUAAUCUCCUGCCACUCAUCCUCGAGGGCGCCGGGCGUUCCGGCCACAGCGCCUGGAGCCUCGCGCCGGGGCCCAGCUGGGCCGCACGCGGAAGGACAAAUAGUCCCGGCGGCGGCUCCGCGCGCCCCUCCGAGACCGCGCUCGCCCCGCCCGAGCAGCCCGGCCUCGGCCUCGAGCGGCGGGAAGUGGGCGGCCGCUCGACCCCCGCUCCUCCCUCUGGGGCCUGGCGGGUGUACGAGGCUCCUCAGGGAAAAGUAAUUGGAUUCCGGGCUCCGCGCUGCCGGGAACGGCGGAAAGCCGCAGCUGAGGCUGCAGCGCGUGGGCGGAGGAGGGCGCGGCGGGGGAGGGAAGGGCGCAGACGCCGCCGGGCUCUCCCGCGCCCCGGCGACCCGGCCAGGGCAGGCCGCAGCGGAAAGCGGGCGGCCGCGGGGCAGGGCCAGCAUGCUGGCCCCAGGGGCCCCGACUGCGACUGCGACGUCCUCACUCCUUCCCAGUCGCCACCUAGUCUGUGGAGCACACCUGGCUGAUGAUGACACCCGCCCAGAGAAACGUUUGGGAAAGCUGAAGUCUGUCAGCAUCCCUCGGGGUUUCUCUCAAAGCUCUGAUGUGCAGCUGAGGUGGAAAAAGAACCUUUCAUCCAGUGUGCAAGUGGAGAAUUCCUCUCCCUCACGAAUGUCACGGGGAACACAGUAGGAAAGUACCUCACAUCUUUGCCUUGGUUACAGACUCCCCCUAAGUUCCCUUCCCCCUGAGAAGAUUGAUUUAUCACAAGUGGGAGCCUUAAAGAGGAUGUAUUGUUUUCUGUUUCUCCCCUGCUGAAAUGGUAGGAAUGUUCCAGAACUUGUAAAUGACUAACUCUGCAGCUCUUUUGUGGGACAUAACAGUGAAUAAGCCCAAACUCUCCGAGCUCUUGGACUUCGUUACAGGUGAUGAGAUACACAGUUCAGUGCCAUGUGAUCUAAAGCAAGAGUUUCCUAACCUGAGGAGGGAAGAUGUUCUCUGAUCAUCUGGAUGCCAUGUGUUCUCUUCUUGGAGGAGCUCUCAUCUGUUCUCCAUCGUCACAUCUGCAAUGGACAUCGUGGAGGACAGUGUGCCAGGAGUCACACCCCUUCAGCAUUCUCUUCCUUGAUACAGUGAGGCUGGGGAAAAGCCACUCACUUUGGCAAAAAUAACUAGCUUUUACCAAAAUCGGUUGUGAUUCCCUUCUGUUGGGUAGAAUUGUUGUUAUCAAGUAGCCAUCUAUCCAGGAACUACAUUUGUCGGUCCUGGGUUACUCUUACUAAAGUUACAUAAUUGUCUUCAUUGGAAGUGAUAUUUCUCACUUGUACCCAGUGUGUUUGAGAAUCAGGCUCAGUGAGUAGAGGUGCCUGAUGCCAAGGCUGAAUUCAAUUCCUGGAACAUAGGAGGUAGAAGGAGAGAACUGAUUUCUACAAGUGUCACAAGUGUCACACACACACACACACACACACACAGACACACACACGCACACGCACACGCACACGCAUGCAUGGGUGUGCAUAUCCAUAAAUAAAUAUAUAAACAAAUGGAAAGCAAGAAUUAAGUUAGCCUUUUCUAAUCUUUCCCCAACCUCUGGCUGCUGUGAAAGUAACUUUGAAGAAAAUCUACUGAUUUUCUGUCA